AUGGGCGGAAGGUCAUUCAUCCACGAGUUCUCGACUGGUGUUUAUCAAGAUGGUGUAGGAUCCAACAUGGUUCAAGACCAACCCGUGACAGCACACAUUUACGAGUUCACCACCCAACUUUUGGUAGACAGUGACCUGAAGUUCAAGGGAUUAGAGAAGGGAAUUGUGCCCACACAGAUCAUCUUCUGCAUGAAAGAGCGCAACCAGAAGAAGAUCAACUCUCACUGGUGGAUGUUCAAUGCCUUCUGUCCACUUCUUCAGCCCAACGUCUGUGUGCUUCUCAAGGUGGGCACCAAACCGGGCCCGCGCAAAGGCUGGCUCGGACUACUCAACCCCAUAGUGGCCGCUCAAAACUUCGAAUAUAAAAUGUCAAACAUCUUGGAUAAACCAACGGAAUCCAACAAUGAGAUCGGGCGAGGACCGCUAGCGUCGUACUUCAAGGGCGAAACGCUUGCCGGUCGGGAUGCGGAUGUGUUUACGUCGAACAUGUAUCUGGCCGAGGACCGGAUCCUGUGCUGGGAGCUGGUGGCCAAACGCGGGCACAACUGGGUGCUCAAGUACGUCAAGAGCGCCUGGGGCGAGACCGAUGUGCCCAACGAGGUCCCAGAAUUCAUCAGUCAGCGCUGUCGUUGGCUCAACGGAAGCUUCUUCGCUGCUAUUUAUUCCUUGGCACAUAUAGGCCAGAUGUCUCGCACCGAACACUCCCAAAAGCAAGCUCUUGCACUCUACUUCGAAGGACUCUACAACUUUUUGAAUCUUUUAUUUGCUUGGUUUGGAUUGGCAAACUACUACAUUUUUUUUGUACUACUAUCAUCCUCACUCAAAGACCCAUCUCUGAAAAUGCGCAAGGCGAUCACAAUCAUCAAUACUUUAUUACACUAUCUCUAUACUGGAACUUUGAAAGGGUGCUUUUUGCUAUCCAUGGGAAACCGGCCACAAGGGGCCAAGUGGAAAUAUAUUUCUGCUAUGAUAAUUUUUGGAUGCCUUGCACUCUACAUGUUGGUCGCGUGUGUGUUGAUUUUAGUCAAAGCUGUCAACUUAUUCGCUCCACCCUUGACAGUCAAGGGUGGAGCGAAUGCCACCCUGUAUGCGCAAGUCGUCAUUUCAUUGAUUGCUACUUUCGGUUCUUGGAUCACGUCAAGUGUCCUGGCGCUAGAUCCGUGGCAUUUGCUAACCUGCAUGUUGCAGUAUUUGUUAUUGGCCCCAGCAUAUAUCAACGUACUCAACGUCUAUGCAUUCGCAAACCUUCAUGAGUUUUCUUGGGGAACAAAGUACCAGAACAUCAUAUUAACCGACCUGGGAGUGGCAGUCUUUGCUGGCGAUUCGAAAGUAGAGAUCACAUGCCCGCUGGAGCAGAAAGAUCUUGACCAGACAUAUGGCGAAGCGCUGAUGAACCUGAAAACUCGGCCGAAAUUGGUCGAAAAGAACCGGUCGGACAAGGAGAAAGAAGCUCUAAAGCAAGACUAUUACAAAAGCGUCCGAACAAACGUUGUCCUGCUCUGGACGCUCGCCAACGGUAUCGUGGUCGCUUGCAUGUUGGAUGGCGAUGUGAGAAGCUCCUUUGCUUUGGGAAAAGCCAGCUUGAAGGUCCGGCUAUACAUGAUCAUCAUUCUUGGCUUUGUAGCCUUCAUGGCGCUGAUCCGUCUCGGCGGAUCAACAAUCUACCUCGGCAUCCGGCUGUUUGCCGGCUGA